UAGCCACCAGGAGUAGCCAAAUUCAAAACAGAUGUUCGCUUUUUUGCCGUCAUUAGACUGAGUGAGAGAAGUACUACUAUUACCACGUCAGUACUCAACAUGACGAGAAAAAGCUUUUGAGGAGGAUGUCACAGAUUCCAGUCCAUUCAAAGGAGAGGACCUUCGUUUAUGCAGGCGUUUGAAUACCUGAAGAGGCUCGUUCAUAGCUUUUAUGAAAAAGUCUACGGCAUUACAUUUCGAGAAAUCGGGUACGUAAUUCCACGAUAUUUGAGAAAAUACUUUUCACCAGACGGAGACAUAUCAGUGACUAGACGAGGGUGACCAAGAGCUUUCCUAUGGUGGCCAGCCAACAGCUGGCCAUGGGCAACGGUUCAAUCAAAGCCCCACGGCCAGAGGACAGCUUCCUGGCCUCCAGCCUCAAGGUGUGUGACACGGAGCCCUUGAGGCUCAGGAUAGCCCACCUGGAAGGAGAGCUGGCCCAGAGGGACCAGGAGUUAAAAUCCCAGGAGCUGCAGCUGCAGAGCCUACAGAGAGAGCUGGAGGCUAAAGUUUCCCAGAUAGAAAAGCUUCAGGAUGCCAUCGGCUACAACAGCCUAGGACGCUCUCCUCUGACUCCCAACUGCCACCGCCUGCUCAGUGUCAUCAACCAGGGUCCCACCCGCUUCCACAGGGUGGCUGUGGAGGUCCACCGUAGGCUCAAGGCCAAGGAGGGCGUGUCGGCCGAGCCCACCUCAGGGCACUUCUGCGGGGGUUUCAGAGUCCACCAUGUGUCCAUAGAGAGGGCACGUGUUCGCAAGGACUCCAGCACCAAGAAGCUGAUCAAUGAUGCCAUCAUGAACAAUGACUUCCUGAAGAAGUUGGAUCCGCAGCACAUGAGGGAGAUGGUGGACUGCAUGUAUGAGAGGAUCUACACUGAGGGCCAACUGGUCAUCCAGGAGGGAGAACCAGGGAACUUCCUCUAUGUGCUGGCAGAUGGCCUGCUAGAGGUCAUGCAGAACGGCAAAUUGCUCGGAGAGAUGCGUCCCAGGACCGCCUUUGGAGAGUUGGCUAUAUUGUACAACUGUAAGAGAACUGCAACAGUGAAAGCUGUAUCCCAGGCUCAUAUCUGGGCUCUGGACCGCCAGACCUUCCAGAGUAUUAUGAUGAAAUCUACACAGGCUACGCAAGAAGAGUACUUCAGCUUCCUACGCAGUGUAUCUCUGCUGAGAGACCUGCCAGAAGAGAAGCUUGCCAAAAUCGUUGACUGUCUGGAAAUUGACUAUUUUGAUAAAGGAGAGUAUAUCAUUCGGGAGGGCGAGGAAGGGAACACUUUCUUCAUUAUAGCUAAAGGAGAGGUGUGUGUCACCCAGACCACAGAGGGCUGUACUGAGCCACAGGAGAUAAAGACUCUGGGUGUGGGCGACUACUUUGGAGAAAAAGCACUCAUAAGUGAGGAUGUGCGUUCAGCAAACAUCAUCUCCACUGAGAAUGACACACAGUGCUUGGUGGUGGACAGAGACAACUUUAACCAGAUGGUGGGCACUUAUGAGGAACUGCAGGCGUACCUGAAGGAAUACGUUGAAGAGCUCUCCCGAUGCGACGAGAGAAGAAAUGCACUGCCCCUUUCCCCCCUUAUCGACUCGUCCCCAGAGGCCCAGGAGGUGUGUCGGCUCAGGGAGAGAAUCGCCGUCAUCCCUACGCAUGACCCCUUCCAGGACUUGGAGGUCAUAGCAACACUGGGCAUGGGCGGCUUCGGCCGAGUGGAGCUGGUGAAACUGAGAGAUGAAGAUACCACAUUUGCUCUGAAGUGUAUUAAAAAGAAGCACAUUGUGGACACAAGACAACAGGAGCACAUCUACUCUGAGAAGAACAUCCUUCAGCAGACCAACUCACACUUCAUAGUCAGGUUGUUUCGGACAUUCCGAGAUGACAAAUAUGUGUACAUGCUACUGGAGGUCUGCCUGGGUGGGGAGCUGUGGAGUGUACUACGGGACAUGGGUUCCUUUGAGGAGCAGACAGCCCGCUUCUGCAUUUCCUGUGUCCUGGAAGCCUUUGACUACCUCCACGCCAGAGGAAUCAUCUACAGAGACCUGAAACCUGAGAACCUACUACUGGAUGCAGAAGGCUAUGUCAAAAUGGCAGACUUUGGUUUUGCUAAGAGGAUAGGCCUGGGGAAGAAGACAUGGACGUUCUGUGGGACCCCAGAGUAUGUGGCUCCAGAGGUCAUCAUGAACAAGGGCCAUGACUUUGGAGCUGACUGUUGGUCUCUGGGGAUCCUCAUCUUUGAGCUACUGACUGGCAGUCCACCCUUUUCCGGAACUGACCCCAUUAAGAUCUACACCAUGGUCCUCCAUGGGAUUGAAAAGGUUGACUUCCCCAAGAGGAUCAGCAAGCGCCCCGAUGACCUUAUCAGGAGACUCUGCAAGCUUAACCCUGUGGACAGGCUUGGUAAUAAGAAGAACGGCAUCAUCGACAUUAAGAAACACAAGUUGGUCCACUUCUUAUUAAUGAAGCAUCAUCAACACCACUCCACACCUAGACAGAUCCAAUAUCCUAGACACUCAUCAGCUAUUGUGAUACUAAUUAUGCACCAUACAAGGAUACAAGCACUAUUGAAAUAUAUCAUUUGUCAUUGGUGUUCUUUAACAGAUUAAUCCAUUGAUGGAUUUCUGGUCCAAUGCAAUUCGAAUCCAGCUCAGGUUUAACAGCUUGCUCAGUGGUGCCUUCAUAACCAGUUGGCUACCCAGCUAGCAGAUUUGGUUCCUUGGAAGUUGUGGGAACGUAUGUUUUUGUUGGUUCUCGGAACGAAGUCAUGUGUUUCCUGACCGGUUAAAAAAAAUAACAAUAAAAAAAAAUUAUAAGAAUGGAAGAAAAUGUUGCUUGUCCUGGGAACAAAAGUUUUAGGUUGCAGGGAGGUUCUGAGAACAUUUUACUAUGGUUCCCUGAAAGUUUUCCUGGGAGAUAUUAUGUUUUAUUAACCUUCUGAGACCAGAAAAAGUAGGUUAUUUGAAGGUAAGUAAAUAACAUUUUAAGAAUAUUCUCAAAAUUUUGUGAAUGUUUUGAACAAAAUGUUUAAAUAUGUUCACUGAAUGUUUCAAUUACACUGCUAUCUUAGUUUAGCUGUUUUGAACUCCAAGCAGAGAGAGAAAUUAAUUUGUAAUGCAAACACUUAUUUUUGUAUUGUGACACAGCGUCAGUGAGAUUCAAACAUAUGAUUUUCUGUUUUCUAUCCAUGGAAUGAGUCCACUGUGCCACCAGGAUGGAGCUAACAUACAAUGUUUUUUUUAAAAGCUGUUCAUUUUAGUCUAUUCAAACAGACCCCAUUUCAAAGGAAACGAGCACUCAUUAAGAUCAGCUGUGGCCAAUUAGGGGCGCAGCCAACACACCUGAACACCCUUAACAAGAGUGAGGAUAAAGAGUUUUGCCCAGAGGGGAAUGUAUAUGUUUUUAGCAUUCUUAUAAUUUUUUAGAACGUUACUGUUUUCUUGUGGUUUUUUAUUAAAAGUUUACAUAAAGUUCUGAGAACGCAAUUACUGUUUUUAAAUAACAUUCUUAGAAUGUUCUCUGAACUAGAGAUGUGCACGGUUAUUUGAAUAAUAAAAUACUCAUGUGAGCAUUUAUUUUUGGGCCCAAACAUGUAUAGGCCUAUUUUAACACUGAAAAUUAAUAUAUGCAUGUGACGUUGUUACAUACAAGGAUAUAUCAUGACAUUUCAAAUAAUCAAUUUAAUAAAACAACAAACUUUUCAAUGUAGUUUUUAUGACAUGCGCCCCAUAAAAAAGACCGGUAGCCAUCCGGUAGCAUACACGUGUGUAGCUAGUUGUUUAUGUUGGCCAAUCAAAGCAUAGCAAAUGUAGUCGGAGUUCACUAAUGCAAUGCAAGAUGGAAUAAAAUAACGUAAUUAAAAGUUAGCGAAAUGAGGAGUAGGCUACAACGAGCAACCAACUGGUUAGCUGUUGUUUUAUAUGAAUGGGGUUGGUGAGAGAGUGCAAAAUGUAGCCUUAAUCAACCAGUCUGGCUAGGCUACUCCAGUCAAUACAGGCACUAUUCUAUGGGAUGAUAACUUGUAGCAGCCACACUGUUUUUUGUCAUUUUUUUUAUCUAGUCUUGGAUGUUGCUGAGUAGCGUCUCUCUCUCUCUCUCUGCCGCUGUCUGCUCGCUCCCAUUUUACCGGCACUAGAGCUCCAGCCUCUCCUGCGCGCAGCAGUACUCAGGUUAAAAACAAAGUUUCAAAAAACAAGUGUAUUUCGAAUAUCCAGGUAUCCCUAAAAAUGUAUGAUGCACUGAAACGUUCUUUGAACAAUUUGAGAACAUGACUUUAUAUAGAACUGGGAGGAAACCUGUAGGAAAUGUUAUGCUUCGGUACUGAAAUUCCCAAGGAAGAAUGUUGUUUCUUAAUAACAUUUUCCGAACUAUUUGAGAACAUUCCCAAUGUCAAACUAGUUGG